CUUGCAAUCGCGCGGUACCGUCGAUCAUCGUUGUUCCCCACGUGGUAUCCACUCUUAUUAUCCGUUCAUCUAUAUUAAUUGAAAGUUGAGACCCAAAUAAAAACCGAAAUGAAUGUCUUUGUUUUCAUCAUACUGGUGACAUUGUCGGUGGCUCUAUCGAACCCGGUCAACUACGCCAAGACGUAUUCGCCAAUUACGCUGUGCAUGAAGAGCGACUACUCGAGGUGCAACAACGUGUCAUAUCCCACCGGCUGCGUCAACAUGGACACGGUGGUCAUGAACAGCGCUGGAAACUCAUCCGGUUCCGUGACGACCGCAUUCAAGACCAUUGAGUCAGUGAUAGUGACCGACAUCGACAGCAAUGAGGACAAGUGCAUCGUGUUUUUUGACACUUACAACUGCCAGGGCCGUAGCCUGGUGCUCAACGGCUCCAAACGCCCUUCAGCCAAUCUCGCCGAUUUCAAGUUCGCAAACUUGGCAGAGUCCUACAGACAGUGCACCGAACGAUUGCUCACAUGGCUCCGGGACAACAACGUCAACAACUAGGUAAACGGUAUAACUCUAACAAACGGCCUUCCAUGCAGACUUAUCAUCAGAUGUAUUAAAAAUUAAUCUUUUUAAUUUAUGCAAUGAAAUAAUAAUUAUAAUAAAAAUCAUUAAUUUAAAAAUGUUCACUAUAUAUAUAUUAUAAUGUGUAUUUCAUUUAAAUAUCAGUAUGAUGUUUAUACAAAUAUAUAAUAGACCAUUCAAGAUACCUGCGUAAUAAGUUGUAUUAUAGCAAUAUAAUGUUCAACUCACAAAUCAGUGGUUCUUACAAACGAGUCUAAAGACGACAGUCGACGCAGUCAACCGAAAAUUUGAGCAAUACUAGUAUGUUUUCCGCAUAAUGAAUGUUAUUUGUCUUGAAUAUUUUGGCGUAUCUUGCUAUUGUGUUCUCUUUAAAAUAAAAGUAUAUGAUAGCUAAUA